AUGGCAAAAGUCCAGAUCCUGGAUGGAGGCCUCGGCACCUCCCUGGACGAUCUGUACAACAUAAAAUUCGACUCAAAAACAACCCCACUCUGGGCCUCCCACCUGCUAGUCAGCGACCCAACAACGCUGCAAGCAUGCCAACAAGACUUCGGCAACGCAGGAGUCGACAUCCUCCUAACAGCCACCUACCAAGUCUCCGCCGAAGGGUUCGCGCGGACAAAAACCGCCUCUUUCCCUGACGGGAUUCCGCGCAGCGCAAUGGGGCCUUAUCUCCGGCGCGCAGUCGACAUCGCCGAGCAAGCUAAAGCGAAUAGCGCGGGCAUUGCGCUCAGUCUUGGUCCGUACGGGGCGUGUAUGAUCCCCGGGCAGGAGUAUAGCGGGGCGUAUGAUGCCGAGCAUGAUUCUGAGGAGGCGUUGUAUGCUUGGCAUUUGGAUCGAUUGCGGAUGUUUGCUGCGGAGGGGCUUGUUUCGCGGUUGCGGUAUGUGGCGUUUGAGACGGUGCCGAGGGUUGAUGAGGUGAGGGCUGUUCGGAGGGCGAUUCGGGAUUCCGGGUUUGGGGUGCCGUUUUGGAUUGCUUGUGUUUUUCCGGAGGGGGAUGAGCUGCCGGAUGGGAGUUCUGUGGAGCGGGCUGUGGAGGCUGCUGUUGGGCCGUUGGAGGGGGGUGAGAUUCCUUGGGGGAUUGGGAUUAAUUGCACUAAGAUGCAUAAACUUGCUGGGCUGGUGGAUUUGUUUGGUCGGGCUGUUGAUGGGGCUGUUGAGGCCGGGCAGAUAUCUUUGGUUCCGAACUUGGUUUUGUAUCCUGAUGGGACGAAUGGGGAGGUUUACAAUACUACGACUCAGAUUUGGGAGAAAGUGGAUGGCGGGUUGAGUGACGAUCGUCCUUGGGAGGACCAAUUGGCACAAGUGGUUGAUGAAGCCUACGCAAAAGGGCCCUUCACUUCAUUCCUUGUGGGUGGAUGUUGCAAGGCUUCCUAUCAUGAUAUCAAGAAACUUGGACUAAAGUUCAAAAAAAGUUGA